AUGGCGAUCUGCAUUCACCCGUGGGCUGGCGAGACGGCGAUCCUCCCUCGUCUCCUCGACGACGUCUUCAGCGAGAUCGACGACGUUUUCAACGAGCUCGCCCAGAUUGAGCCACCAAUCCACUCUGUUGCGCGAAGGAAGGGAAGGAAAGCUCUUGCAGGAUCUUUAGGAAAGGUUACCGACGACGGUUCAAAGCUGGCGAUUUCACUGGACGUGUCGAAAUUCAAGCCAGAUGAACUGAAGGUGAACAUCGAUGGCCGAACUCUAACGAUUGAAGGCAAGCAAGAAAUCACUGAAGGUCAUUCCUUCGCCGAUGGACUCUUCCAGAAGAUGUUGACGUCGAGCAGAUCCGAUCCACCCUAUCUGAGAACGGUCAGCUGGCCAUCGAGGUGCCCAAGCCGGAACCAACCGUCACCGCCAGAACCAUCCCAAUCCAAAAGGCUGUCGAUCAGCAGUAAACAGGGGCUAAUUAUUGGGUCGUCGAUACUGUUCGAGUUGUUUGCUGUUGUUUUUCGCACGACACAUGUACAUUACGAUCUCGCUGGUACCGUAAUUCUGUGUAUUUGCAUGUAU